AUGCCCGCCGUAGCAUCUGAUGCCAGCAGAAUUGUUGAUUAUGAGUCUGCAACCUCAUUUCUGGGAGAAUGGGGACCUUUCCAGCAGCGGGUGUUUUUCCUGCUCUGCCUGAGCUUCAUCCCUAACGGACUCACGGCGCUGUCCAUGGUGUUUCUGGGGGGCACGCCGGCGCACCGCUGCAUGCUGCCAGCGCACCUGAACCUCAGCGCUGCGUGGAGAAACAGCAGCAUCCCGCUGGAGGAGGAUGCGAGCCGCGGCGGGGAUCUGGUGCCCAGCAAAUGCUUCAGAUACAAACUGGAGCAUUUGAUGAAUUAUUCGGAAACAGGUUUGCUACCUGGAGUGGACGUGAACCUUUCUAAUGUGCCGAAAGAAGGCUGCUUGGACGGAUGGGAGUUUGACCACAGCUUGUAUACAUCUACUAUUGUGACUAAGUGGAACCUGGUGUGUGAUGAAAGCUGGAAGAAGCCAUUCAGUUCUUCUAUGUAUUUCGGUGGUAUUCUUGCAGGCUCCUUCAUUUCUGGACAACUCUCUGACAGAUUUGGAAGAAAACCAAUAAUGUUUGCCACCAUAGCACUACAAGUGGUGAUCACACUGAUCCAGAUUUUCUCUUCAAGCUGGAUCAUGUUUGUUGCCUUAUAUUUUCUUCUUGGACUGGUGCAAAUUUCCAACUAUCUGGUUGCAUUUGUUCUAGGAUCAGAACUUUUAGGCCCAAUGGUCCGAACAUUAUUUUCCACUGCAGGGGUGUGUUUGUUCUUUGCUUUGGGCUAUAUGCUUCUACCCCUGCUGGCAUUCUUCUUGAGAGACUGGAGGUUGCUUCAGGUCACCUUCAUGUUGGCAGGUUGCGUUUGUCUCCCUCUUUUCUGGUUCAUUUCAGAGUCUCCUCGAUGGUUGCUUUCCCAGGGCAAAGUAGAGGAAGCUGAGGCCAUAAUCAGAAACGCUGCCAAAGUAAACAAGAUUGAACCUCCAGCUCUCAUCUUUAGCCCACUAAUGGAUGGAAGCAAGAAUGAAAAAAAAAAGGCCCACAACAUCUGUGACCUUCUUCGUUUUCCAAACAUCCGAUGGCUCUCUGUCACAAUGUGGCUCAUCUGGAAUACCCUCACUAUUGCCUACUAUGCUCUUUCUUUGAACACUGCAAACCUGCAUGGAAAUCCUUUCUUCAACUGUUUCCUGUCAGCUGUGGUAGAGGUUCCAGCCUAUGGUUUGUCAUGGGUUAUGUUCCGCUGGUGUUCCAGACGGCUCAGUCUUAGCUCAGCGCUUUUUGCAGGAGGAUUCUUUAUAUUCAUCACACAGCUAAUACCACCACACUUGCCUGCUCUCUCCAUAACAUUUGAGAUGAUGGGGAAGUUUGCAGUAUCGACUGCAUUUGCUGUCAUUUUUGCUUACACAGCAGAGCUGUACCCAACUGUACUGAGGAACACAGCUAUUGGUGCUUCCUCAACGGCCUCCAGAAUAGGCAGUAUUGUAGCACCAUACUUCAUUUACUUGGGAACAUAUUCUGUUUCCCUGCCUUACAUCCUUAUUGGAAGUCUCACAGCUUUGACUGGACUGAUUAGCCUCCUUCUCCCUGAGAGCUUUGGAAUGCCUCUGCCGGAAACCAUCAGCCAUAUGCAGAGCUUUCCUGGAUGUUUUCAGAAGAGACCUUAUGACCUCACCAAUACUAAAGAAGAGGAAAAUGCAGAUGAAGAUAAUUCUCUGGACACUAAAAACUAACAUGAUUAUUGCUGGCUGUAAAUUCUUGCACAUUUCUGAAACAGAAACUGCACAGAAAGACAAUAA